GCCGAGCGUGAUGGGAUCCUAGAUUUUCAGGCAAUCAAGGUUACCUAACCGAAUGCCCCCCCCUGGACGCUGACAUAACUCUAGCGGGUCACGCGUACAUCACGAGUGGCUUGCGGGGGUCCCCAUAGGGCAAGUCCAAAGCCGCCAACAUGGCCGAGACUGACUGGGCAUUUGCUAGUGCGAAGAUCCAUGGAUCUUGUGUGUCAUAAAAACUCCUCUCGGCGCAGCAAUUCAGUCCACUUCGCUUGGUCUCACGGAGGCAACAAGUCAUGAGAGGACCCCCGCUUGACGCAUCGUGCAGUGUCCAUGGAAUUGCUGGAGCCAACGGGGCCACGACAACCGACGGUACCCUCCCCUAGAGUGGAGGCGCCAUUGACUAAUGAAUGCCAUCAUCGCCCCGACGUGCCAGGGCUAAAAUUAUAUUCCACUUAAAGCCCCGAGAUCCCAAGAGUCUGGGGUAAGAACGAAAAAAACUCAGUUUCUGCACAUGCGCAUCAUGCUUCAGAGCGUCACAACUACUCCCUCCUGACAUUUGCAUCAUUUCAUGCUUGCUUGGCUCAUUUUUCCCUCCCGUCCCUCUCUAUCUUGAUAAGCCUUCAUCCGGCCCACCUCUUUUCCUCUCAACUCCCCAUUUCAUUUCCCAAUUUCCCCCACCAAGAACCAAAACAACACGCACGUACAUUAGCGGCAUCAUGCGACAACCAGCAAUGCCCAUCCGCUCGCCCUUCGAGUCUUCCAUCGCGAAGCCGGGCCAAGGCACCGUCGUCCUCUCCCUCCUCCCACCAAACAACCCCACUCUCACCACGCUCACCUACAAAUACCCACUGAAGCUCGUCCCGAGGGCGCCGGGGUUCAUCCCCAGUGCAGAGUCCUCUACCUUGUCCAGCUCAUGUCCUUCAAGGCCGGUCCACCUCUAUCUUCUUACCUAUGGCGGCGGUCUGCUACCGGGCGAUCACAUCGAGGUAUCGAUCAAACUCGAACCGAGGACUCGCAUGGUAGUGACCACGCCGCAAGGGAGCACCAAGAUCUUUAAGACCGAGCCCGGCAAUGCCAAUGGCAUCAAAUUGAUCAAGGGUCAUCGCAAGCAAAUGCCGGCCAACCAACACCUUGCCGAUAUGAGUCAGCAGUCUCUGGACGUACGAAUCGGUCGCCAAGCAGCGCUGUGCUACUUGCCUGACCCAUCCGUCCCAUUCAAGAACAGUCGCUACGCGCAAGUACAAACAUUCACUGUCGACGCCGCCGCCAAGGGUGACGAGCGCAGCAGUCUGUGUGUUCUGGACUGGGUCACACAAGGUCGGACGUCGCGCGGAGAAAACUGGAACUUCCGCUUCUGGCGCGGCCGUAACGAAGUCUGGGCUACCGACGAGAAGACGGGCAAGAGCCGGCUCCUGCUGCGUGACUCGGUCAUCCUGGAUGAUGAGACCGACGACCUUGAGGUUUCAGAUGAGGACUCUGACGAGGAAGCCGGCGAGAGCGGGCUAAAUAGCCACUCUGGCCGUGCUGACACGCCACCGCCGCAGGCCGGCCUGGUGCCUUUGAACAUCAUUCAGGAACGCACGCGCCCGCAUGGAGUUGUCGGUACAUUGAUUCUAUCGGGCCCGGUGUUCGACAGCCUCGGCACAUACCUCAUGCACCAGUUCAACUCCCAGCCUCGGAUUGGCAGCCGAAAUUGGGCCUCAUCGGCGCCAUCUACAGCGCCCGAGCCGUCGCUCAGCACUAAGGGCGAUGUCACUUGGACGGCAGCUCGCGUGCGCGCCGGGUUCGUCCUGGUCAAGUUCGGCGCCAAGGACUUCGAGACAGCCAAGGACUGGCUCGGAGGUCUCCUUCGCGAGGAAGGCAGCGUUAUCCGUGAAUUCGGCGAGGAAGCCCUCUUCUGCCUUUGAUUUUGUUUACCGCUUCAACACCUUUGCAUCUGUCUCAACAACCCCAUCACCUCCAUCCACGUCUGGACUUCCAGUACGCUCCGUUUGAUGAUACCCCCAAUGGGCCCUCGUGGCAUCUAUAUCUCCAGGGCCACUAUCAGGGUCUCUCUUUGUGAUAUUCGUUCUGUAUGGUUUUUUUAGCAUCUGCAUCAUUUUCUGGUUAUUCAGCAUUGCCGUAUAGCAAGGGCAGACCAGAACUUUCUUGUCUCGGCCGGACAAACUAGGACUACUUUAUCCACAGCUGCAUCGCAGCCACAUAAAAGCUUGACUGCUUCAAUGAAUCUUGAUUUUUAGCACCUGUCUGAA